GCUCUUGUGAAGAGGUUUGAUAGUGGACUGGCAAUACCUACAAGAUCAAGCCGUUGGCCCAAAGGUAGAGAAGCUAUACACAGAUGCUAUUAGACAGGUAUUUCAUACCAAUUGCAGAGAUUAGUGUGUCGAUUGCUAUACCCGUUGUCUUGACGCUAAAGGCCUUGCAACUAUCGGUAGUAACUUCAAACGGCUCCGACUUGUCUUCAGUUGUACGGACACAGAGGAUCUUGGUCUUUUGGGUGUGCUAUUGGCUCGUACUAUUCGUGCUAAGCUUUGCCAAUGUCAACUUCCACUUUAUGAGUAUGUUCUCCGUGUUCUACUCACUGCAAAGUCAGGUGGUGCUGGCGCAGUUACUCAAUCUCUAUGAGACACAACUCCUACCCUUUGCGAGUGAAGUGUUGCACAAGACCACCAAGUAUCGGAAGAAGGAGAGCGAUAUCGAUAUGUUUUUUAAGGAGAUGGAGGACAAGCUAUGCUGUGAUGGCGAAGGUGUCAAUGCCUUAACGCAGUUCCUUUCCAUAUCCACAGUUAAAAGAGCGAUUGUGGAUGAGGUUGUUGGUUCCAACUUCCCAUCGCCAAGGAGGUAUACUUCUUCUCCAGAGUCAUACAACAUCGUGCCGUUAGAGUACCAGUCGAUACAAGCGGAUAUGGAUGCUGCUAAGGCCAGCAGAAGCCGAAGAAGAAGUGUUAGUAACUCCACUUUGAAAGUUGGCAAUGGUCAGGGUUUCAGCUUGGGUAAGAGAUCUUCAUGGCAGAAUCUGCGUGGAAUGCUUAACGGUGACGGAGACACGAAUGGCAGUCAGUCACAGCACUCUUCAAGGAUUUCUUCGGGUGAUAUUGUCUUUGACGAAGUGGAUGCCAAGUGGAGGCGUUCUGCUUCUGAGUACUAGUGGUUGGAAUUUACCAAUCAUGGACUCUAUGUAUUUCAGAAACGAUCAAU